AUGUCUGCUCAUGCUGCAAUCAAAGCUGGCAACCUGGCCGUCAUCAGCGGCGGUGCGAGCGGCAUCGGUCUAGCUGCUGCCAAGCAUUUCCUAUCCAUGGGCAUGAAGGUGGCGAUCGGCGAUCGAAACGAAUUGAACUUGCAGUCAGCAAGCAAGGCGCUCUCGGACAAGGGAGAGUCAUACAUUGGCUUGUUGGACGUAGCGGACCAGACAAGCGUUUCGGCGUUCCGCAAGAACGUAUUCGACAAGUUCGGCGGCGCCAAUCUGACCGUGCUCAUGGCUAACGCAGGUGUGGGCGGCCCGACGAAAGCUUCCACGUCUGAUGGCUGGGACCGCAUCCUGCACACCAACUUUCACGGUGUGGUCAACGUCUGCCAGGCGUUCUUGCCUGAUCUCAAGGAACACGGGCAGGCAGCACUGGUGAUCAACACAGGCUCGAAGCAGGGCAUCACGACGCCGCCGGGCACAGGACCCGCGUACAACAUCUCCAAGGCAGCUGUGAAGGUGUUCACCGAGUCACUUGCGCACGAGCUGCGCGAAGACAAGACGAGCAACGUGGACGUCAAGCUGCUGAUUCCAGGGUGGGUGCACACUGGAUUGACGGGAGCGAGCGACGGCAAGCCUAAGCCUGACGGCGCAUGGACGCCGGAACAGACGGUCGAGUUCAUGCUGGAGCGGGUCAAUGCUGGCUCAUUCUACAUUCUGUGCCCCGACAACGAGACCAAACGCGAAGUCGACUUGGCACGCAUGGAAUGGAAUGUCAACGACGUGAUUCAGGACCGCCCUGCCCUGUCGCGAUGGCACGACGACUACUCCACCGAGUUCAGUGAGUUUGUCAAGAGCAAGACGUCGUGA